AUGUUUGAUUCGCUGGCUCACGGGAUGAAAAUGAGGUCCGUGUUUCUGAGAGGAGACUCGUUGACGUGA